GGACCGGCUUCCAAAAGGAGGCUCUGCCGAGAAGCGCGGCUCCUUGAAGCGUUUUUGCUCAUUUCCAUCCAUCUCUCGCUCACUUCACGCUCGUUCUUUUUCACCGGUCUUUGGAGCCGCACUCUGUCGUUAUCGUGAGCCCAAAGACACGGAGCGUCUCUCGCUUUCAGCAGCCCGCCCUCUUUUCAUCUACUCUUCUUUGAGACUUGUUGCCAGAUGAAGGGCUCGGCUGCCGUCGCCGCCCUCGCGGCGGUGGUUCUGUCGACGGUGGGACCGGCCGCGGCAAAGGAGUCGCUGUCGCUGGACUCUGAUGACUCGACGAAACAGGCCGCCGGCACGCUGGCCCGAGACCUCAUCCAGUACUACCACGGCAACGAGACGGGCCGCAUCCCCGGCCUCCUCCCGGGCCCCCCUCCGUCGGGCGACUACUACUGGUACCAGGGCGCCGUCCUGUGGGGGAGCCUCAUCGACUACUGGCACGCCACGGGCGACGCGGCGUACAACAAGCUCAUCGUCGACGGGCUGCUCUGGCAGCAGGGCCAGCUGUCCAACUUCAUGCCCCUCAACUGGACGGCGCAGAUGGGCAACGACGACCAGGGCUUCUGGGCCCUGGCGGCCAUGCUGGCGGCCGAGCGCGGGCUGCCUAACCCCGUGUCGGGCGAGGCGCAGUGGCUCAACCUGUCGCGCAACGUCUUUGACAACCUGGUCGACAGGUACGACGACAAGACGUGCGGCGGCGGUCUGCGGUGGAUGCUUACGUCGUUCAACAAUGGCUACAACUACAAGAACAGCAUCUCCAACGGCGUCCUCUUCAGCCUCGGCGCGCGGCUGGCGCGCUUCACGGGCAACAAGACGUACGCCGACUGGGCGGACAAGACAUGGAACUGGAUGACGGAGGUCGCCCUCAUCGACUCCAAGUCGUACGCCGUGUACGACGGCGCCAUGGUCACGGACGACUGCAAGAAACCGAGCAAAAUCGAGUUUUCCUACACGAACGCCAUCUUCACCAUGGGUGCGGCGUACAUGUACAACUACACGGAUGGAGACUCCAAGUGGCAGAAGCGCGUCGAGGGCCUCGCCAACCACGGCGUCAAGACCUUCUUCCCCGACGGCGUCGCGACCGAAGUCUCAUGCGAGCGGCAGGGCAGGUGCACAACCGAUAUGAAGAUGUUCAAGGGCCUGCUGCACCAGUGGUACGCCGCGGCGACGCAGGUGGCGCCCUUUCUGGCGGGCACCAUCGCGCCCGUGCUCAAGACGUCGGCGCGGGCCGCCGUCAAGACGUGCACGCACGGCAGCAGCGGGACGGGGUGCGACUUCGCGUGGGCCAACGGCACGACGACGACGACGGCGCACGAGGGCGAACAGGGCGCGAGCGAGGAGAUGAGCGCGCUGUCGGCCGUGACGUCGCUGCUGAUGCCCGCGUCGGCGGCGCCGCUGACGGCCAAGACGGCCAAGUCGGGCGGCAACGGCGGCGGCGGCAAUGAUGCUGGCAAUGGGGGCGGCGGCGGCGGUGACGGUAAAAACGGCACGUCUGGCGGCGGAGACGGCGCAAAAAAGGACGGCUCGUCGGCGGGCAUCAAGACGGGUGUCGAGGGCUCCGUGAUGGCGAUGCUGACGGCGGCGUUUGUCGGCUCGGUCGUGUUGGGCGCAGUGCUGUAAGCAGUAAGCGCGUGUAUCAUCACUACGUCAACUGAAUGCGAGGGCCGAAGCCCGCGUGCUACUGUAAUGAUAAAGAUUCAAAAUGUCAGAAGGUGCCG